AAAAAAAACAGAAAACAAAAGUUUCAGACAUUUCCGUCUCUCUCGUUCUUCUCAACAUCUUUUUCUUUGAUGUGAGCUUGGGUCAAGCAAGAACAGAGAUUAAAAAAACCGAAAAAAAAGAAGAAAUUCGGAUCUUUUAAUAAAGCUGUAGAAGGAGGUGCUACUAAGCAGUUUGGAGAUAGAAUGAACACAGACCUUUAGGCCUGUUUGUCUUUGGUGUUGGCUAACAUGUGAAGAGUACUGAGUUAGCUUGUCAGCAAUAUAUUAUAGCCAGAAGCUAAUGGAGGAACGUCUCAGCAAGGGACCAUCAUCAUUAAGGCAAGGUAGCCUUAAGUCCAGUCUGUCAGGAAGAUCAACUCCAAAGGGUUCUCCUACAUAUCGGAGAUUGAAUUCAAGCCGAACUCCAAGAAGAGAAGCUAGAAGUGGUGCUGGUGGCACUCAAUGGUUUAGGAGCAACCGUGUAGUCUAUUGGUUGCUUUUAAUUACUCUUUGGGCUUACCUUGGAUUUUAUGUCCAAUCCAGGUGGGCUCAUGGACAUAAGAAGGAGGAAUUUUUAGGUUUCAAUGGCGAUCCAAGAGAUAAGCUUGUGGAUGCUGAACAGAACACACGACGAGAUUUGCUUACUGAUGACAGUUUGGUAGCUGUUAAUAAUAUAACUAACAAAACUCAGGUCCAUGUUGAUAGAAAGAUUGAUGUGAUUUUGGCCAAGAAGGGGAAUGGCUUUACAUCGAGGAAGAAAAGGAGUAAAAGAAGAAGGCGUAAUUUGCCCAAGGUUCGUGAUAAACUGAAGGCGAAAACAAACACUGAAAGUGGUGAUGCAGAGGGUCAAGAACUGGAAAUUCUGCAGAAAAAUUCUACUUUUGGAUUACUUGUGGGUCCAUUUGGAUCAUUGGAGGACAGAGUUCUGGAGUGGAGUCCUGAAAAGCGGUCUGGAACAUGUGAUAGGAAGGGGGACUUUGCUCGUCUUGUUUGGUCUAGAAGAUUAGUGUUGGUAUUUCAUGAACUCUCAAUGACUGGGGCUCCAAUUUCAAUGAUGGAGUUGGCAACAGAGUUUUUGAGCUGUGGAGCCACAGUAUCUGCUGUAGUUCUUAGUAAGAAAGGAGGAUUAAUGUCCGAGCUUGCAAGGAGAAGGAUCAAAGUGAUUGAAGACAGAGCAGAUCUUAGCUUCAAAACUGCCAUGAAGGCAGACCUUGUGAUUGCUGGAUCUGCAGUUUGUGCAUCAUGGAUUGAUCAAUAUAUUGCACAUUUCCCAGCUGGGGGAAGUCAAAUUGCUUGGUGGAUCAUGGAAAAUAGAAGAGAAUACUUUGAUCGGUCAAAGCUUGUUCUACACCGAGUGAAAAUGCUGAUUUUCUUAUCUGAAUUGCAGAGUAAACAGUGGCUUACCUGGUGUCAAGAAGAAAAUAUUAAGUUGAGAUCUCAGCCUGCUCUUGUUCCACUUGCUGUUAAUGACGAGCUGGCUUUUGUAGCUGGCUUUCCUUGUUCUUUAAAUACUCCUUCUGCUAGCUCAGUGAAGAUGCUAGAGAAAAGGCAGUUGUUGCGGGAUGCAGCAAGAAAAGAGAUGGGUUUGACAGAUAAUGAUAUGCUUGUAAUAUCCCUGAGUAGCAUAAAUGCUGGAAAGGGCCAGCUCUUUCUUCUUGAAUCAGCGGACCUCGCAAUGAAUGAAGAUCCUUUGCAAACUGGUUCUGAAGUUAAGAAAUCACUGGAUAUCCGGCAAGAUCAGCCUAGCUUGUCUGUAAAGCAUCAUUUAAGAGGUUUACAUCAAAAGUCUAGAAAUCUUGAUGUGUCUUCUACAAAUUUGCGGUUAUUUACCUCUGUGAAUACCACAAAUGCUGUCAGCAUCAACGGCACUCACAGAAGGAAGAUGUAUGAUAGCAAAGGAGCACAGGAACAAGCACUUAAAAUUCUUAUUGGUUCUGUUGGAUCAAAGAGCAAUAAGAUACCUUAUGUUAAAGAAAUUCUAAGUUUUUUGUCUCAGCAUGCAAAAUUGUCAGAGUCUGUACUUUGGACACCUGCAACUACACGUGUGGCCUCACUAUAUUCAGCAGCAGAUGUUUAUGUCAUGAACUCCCAGGGACUAGGAGAAACAUUUGGGAGAGUGACAGUUGAAGCAAUGGCAUUUGGUCUUCCGGUUUUAGGAACUGAUGGUGGAGGCACAAAAGAGAUAGUAGAACACAAUGUGACAGGGCUUUUGCACCCUAUGGGGCAUCCAGGAACACGAGUUCUUGCUGAGAAUCUCCGGUUUUUACUAAAAAACCUGAAUGCUAGGAAGCAAAUGGGGAUGGAAGGAAGGAAAAUGGUAGAAAGGAAGUAUCUGAAACGGCACAUGUACAAGAGAUUUGUAGAGGUUCUCACCAAGUGCAUGAGAAGCAAAUAACAUCAUCUAGUCUUGGAUCACUCUCAUUCUUUUAUUAGUUUUGAACAUCAAACAAUGGCGAAAUAUAUUCUUUUGGUAUGAGAAUUUAAAAAAAAAAAAAAAGGGAAUUUGGAUUUUGAGAUUACAUUUAGAUUUGUUUGGACGCAUCUUUUAAAAAUUGUUGCAUGACCCUUUUGAAUUGUAUAUUGAGUGAGUUAAAAUGAGUGUUUUGGUUCAUUGUUGAGUAA